GUCCAUCAACAUGGGCAAAGGAUUGUUUCACUGGCAGCAUGGGAAAACGUCAGUCACCAAUUGAUAUUAAGACGUCAGAGGCGAAAUAUGACUCAGAUCUUACCGACGAACCACUGACCACCAAGUAUGUCCAGGAGAGAAAUAUACAACUGAAAAACAACGGACACAGCAUCAUGUGCCAAAUCAGUUCUGAAAAUAAAUCUGUUCUGACAGGCGGUCCUUUGAAAGGCGACACCUACCGGCUUGAACAGUUUCAUCUGCAUUGGGGAUCAAAGGAUGACAAGGGUUCAGAACAUACCAUUGACGGGAAGGAAUAUGCUGCUGAGUUACAUCUUGUGCAUUGGAAUUCUUCAAAAUACGCAAGCUUUGGUGAGGCUGCAAGUAAAAGCGAUGGUUUGGCAGUACUGGGUAUUAUGGUGAAGGUAGGAUCGGAAAAUCAAGUAUUUAAGACAAUCACUAAUCAUCUAGAUGAAAUGGUCUCAAUCAACACGGAUAAAACAUUCGAUACAGCUUUGGACCCAGCAGAGCUUCUACCCAACAAUACUUCACAAUACUGGACAUACGAGGGAUCUUUGACUACUCCACCUUUGUUUGAAAGUGUGCAAUGGAUAGUGUUCAAGGAACCGGUUGAAUAUUCAGCUGACCAGAUGAAAAAGUUACGAAGUUUGAAAGAUGCCGAUGGACAUGACAUGCAGGACAACUUCCGGCCACCAUUAGCUCUCGAGGGCAGAUUAGUCCGAGCCUCGUUCCAGUAAAACUGUACAAACAAUUAUGAAAUCCACUAAAGUGACUGCGAUAAAUAGAAAAGUAUUUGAAUUUCAUGUGUAUUUUACAAUCAUUAUAGGUGUUAUAUUUUUGCAUCCCUCAUUUUGCCGUUAAACGUAUUAUAAUGUCAUAAUUACAAUUAUCCGUACGUAAGUAUUACUAGCAUAUUGUAUUAAACGACUUGUGCAUAGAAUUAAUCUUAAUUACAUGUGACAAGAAGAUGAUUGUAAAAAACAAUUUAUUUCAUUGUUGAUGGUGCUGAAAGAAUAUAUUUUGACACUAUUUGGUGGAAAUUCUGCAAAUUUAACACGAGCCGAUUUUAGCUUCAGAAUAUGCAAUCGCAACUACUCGGCCCUUUCCGUCAGUCUUCGGAUAAGAAUGCAGAAUAUGUUCGUUGAGCACCAUGCAUGACGUCAUAGAGCAAAAUCUUUGUUGAUGUUAAAGA